GCACUUGAUUGAACUGACUGACGGUCGCGCGGAGCGUUGAGGGAUAACGGUCCUGUGCGUAAAGCUGCGAUAACUUGCUUGGGAAGUCAUUUGCCAAACAACGGAAGCGGUGUAAGUAACGCUCACGUCACUGAGAAUCGCGCGACGUCACGCGUUUUUCCUACUUCCACUUCGCCGCGUGACGGCGACGCUCUGCCUUCGUUGCAUCCGACGUACCUGACUGUUUAUUAUAUUCUCCGCGACCCGAGAUAUCCUACCUAAUUUCAACACCUAACUGUCGUCAUGCCUCGCUAUGGUCACGGCUCCAUGUGCGCGUAUGCUCUGGAAGAGGCCGCCCAAGUUGAGGUGAAGAAGUCGAGGAAAAGGGUUGUCCUGACGCCGGAGGAAAGAGAGGAGAAGAAACGCAUGGUCGCUGCUCGGAAAGAGGCGCGCGACAAGAAGAAGGCAUGGGACGCGAGUCUCGCGUCGGAAGGGCGUGUCCUAACCUUCGCGAUGGGCACCAGAGUCCUGUUGAAGAGCGACGCGCAGAGAGCGUUCAGCCUGACUCCUAAGGAAAUGCGGAGCCUUCCGUAUCAGACCUUCGCGUGUUCUCCCAAGACCAUAUACUCCCUCGACUCCCUCAGGCAGCUUGCAACUCGCAAGCGAGCCGCUCUCGGCGAAGAAAAAUUCAAUUGCGACGCGCUCGCAGCGAUGACAAGAGAUCCGCGGUACACAAUGACAAUCUACGGCACCAGGUUGACGCACCUCCAGGGUCGUCCGGACAAGUAUGACAGGAUGGGCUGUCGAUGAGUUUUCAUCUACGACAGGGUAAUACAUUGUAAUUGCU